UACUCGGAACACAGAGACAGCCUCGCGUUCUUUCGUUCUCCUGUGGAGGAUGAAGAUGUCCAGAGUUUGAAAGGUUCAUUUUAUCCGCGGCCGACUCGCCCUGCUGCCGACGAUCAUCUGUUUCAUAGUUUUCACGACAUAUUCAUCGGCUAUAAACGAGAGCUGGAGAUGGAGACCGAGAGAGAAGGACAGUGGAGAGACUGGACACAGAAUAAUGUUGGAACCCCCGAUGAGGAAACAAAAGGGAGGGACGACUUGGGAUACACACGCAUUAAAUCAGGACAGUGGAGAGACUGGACACAGAAUAAUGUUGGAACCCCCGAUGAGGAAACAAAAGGGAGGGACGACUUGGGAUACACACGCAUUAAAUCAGAACCACCUGGUUCCUUGGAUACACCUCUCCACACUGACCACCAGAUGUCACUGUGUUCUGAAUCUGACACUGAUGACAGUGAGGACUGGAGAGAAGCCAGUAACUCUCAGUCAGAUUCCAACUCUGUUGAGAAUCCAAAAACUGAUGUCAGAGAGGAGACAGAUGCUGCUGAUCGCACGUCACUGAUCUACUCUAGAUGUGGAAGGAAAUGCACCUCGAAGGCUAAAUUGACACAACGCAAGAAAUCCUGCAGUGGACCUCUGACUUGUUCACUUUGUGGGAACCGUUUUGAAACUCGAAGGAAACUGUGGUACCACAUGAGAAUUCACUCGAGAGGAAAACCUUUCAUCUGCCCUCAGUGUGGAAAAGGCUUUUCAUGGAAAGGACAGUGGAGAGACUGGACACAGAAUAAUGUUGGAACCCCCGAUGAGGAAACAAAAGGGAGGGACGACUUGGGAUACACACGCAUUAAAUCAGAACCACCUGGUUCCUUGGAUACACCUCUCCACACUGACCACCAGAUGUCACUGUGUUCUGAAUCUGACACUGAUGACAGUGAGGACUGGAGAGAAGCCAGUAACUCUCAGUCAGAUUCCAACUCUGUUGAGAAUCCAAAAACUGAUGUCAGAGAGGAGACAGAUGCUGCUGAUCGCACGUCACUGAUCUACUCUAGAUGUGGAAGGAAAUGCACCUCGAAGGCUAAAUUGACACAACGCAAGAAAUCCUGCAGUGGACCUCUGACUUGUUCACUUUGUGGGAACCGUUUUGAAACUCGAAGGAAACUGUGGUACCACAUGAGAAUUCACUCGAGAGGAAAACCUUUCAUCUGCCCUCAGUGUGGAAAAGGCUUUUCAUGGAAAGGUAACUUGAAUAAACACAUGUGCAUGCACUCUGGAGCAAAACCUUUCAUUUGCACACAAUGUGGAAAAUGUUUUUUAGAGAAAGCCGCCCUUAAUAAACACAUGAGAGUUCACACUGGUGAAAAACCUUUCAGCUGCUCCCAAUGUGGAGAAUGUUUUUCUGCGAAAGAUGGCCUGAAAAGGCACAUGAGAGUUCACACUGGAGAAAAACCAUUCAUUUGCUCCCAGUGUGGAAGAGGUUUUUCAGUCAAUGCCAGCCUAAAGACACACAUGAGUGUGCACAGUGGUGAAAAACCUUUCAUCUGCUCCCAAUGUGGUAAAUGUUUUUCACAGAAUGGCAAACUAAAGGAGCACAUGACCGUUCACACUGGCGAAAAACCUUUCAUCUGCUCCCAGUGUGGAAAAGGUUUUUCUGUCAGUGGCAGUUUAAAGAAACACAUGAAAGUUCACACUGGUGAAAAACCUUUCAUCUGCUCCCAGUGUGGUAAAUGUUACUCUGAGAGCGGCAAACUUAAGAUUCACAUGAGAGUUCACACUGGUGAAAAACCUUUCAUCUGCUCCCAGUGUGGUAAAUGUUUUUCAGACAGCCGCAACCGAAAGAGACACAUGAAAAUUCACACUGGUGAAAAACCUUUUGUCUGCUCCCAGUGUGGAAAAGGUUUUUCAGAGAAUUGUAACCUGAGGAGGCAUAUGAAGAUUCAUUCUGGACAGCAACCACUAUAUACUGGUAUACCGAGUAAAACAGUAUAUACUGGUAUACCCUGUGUACCUAAAACUGGGAUUAAAGUUGUUUCCGUAUUCUACCGUAAAAGAAAUUGUGAUUCGGACGGCGUUCUCAUAAGUGAGCCAAAUGCUGCUGUCAUCUUGUGACUUCACUGGAGGGACAGGUAAACCAAGGACUUGUUUUCGGUCCAAACACGUUAUUGUGGAAACGACGACUCAGUCUUGGACUGUUGUGAGAGUUUAUGAACGGAUCAGAGAUGGACGGCAACACUGAUGUAAAUGUAAUAAAGCUCUCUUAUGAAGGGUCAGCAGUACAAAACAUCAUGCGUUUGGGUGAACUCUGGGAUUGACUCAGACUUGUACCGCUGGAUAUUGCCCUGUUUUGAAAGAAAACCAUGGGCAUAUGCACUUGGUUUGAAAACCCUUUUUGUGGGAAGAACAGGCUUUCACUGGCACCACUUGGACAUCCAACUGUCAUGCAACGCUUCUCCAUUUCUCCUCUCAUACUGAAGGUGAAAAACCUUUCUAUCUGUUUUCUCAUGGUGUGCAAACAGAAGCCACCUCGAGUGACAUCACAAAGACUUGUUUCCAGUUCUCGCUCUCAAGUCACUUGUAACUAGAUUGACACAUAUUUAGCAAUGCAAGUCAGCAGAACCAUCAUUGAUUAUGCAUUGUUUAAGAGUCAUGUUGGUGAGACUUGAAUAUUACUCCUCGUGGAUGACUAUAAAUACAGAAGCAUGUCAUUAAAAGAACUAAUAAUUGUGAUAAUAAUAGAUAAUUGUGUCAUUUGAACAAUCUGCAUGAUGUCGACCGGCUGGUCAACUGUCCAGUGCAGCAUUCACUGUUUCCAAGGAGAAUUGACAUGGUUUGAAUUCAUGAGAGCGAUGGUCUGAUCUGACAAUUUCUUUGUUUACAUAGAGAAACUUGAUUGUAGAAUAAUAUCAGAUUCUCACUGAAGAAUCAGAAUGUGUCAUUUCAAAAUAAAGGCCUUUUUGAAAAUUGUGUAUUGGUGAAUCACUUGUAUGAUUCAUGAUAUUUUGGAGAAUCUCAUGAGUUGGCGACAAUGCCUCUCCUCUUGACUCCCUGUACUCUCAUUCUCUUUGCAAAAUUAUUCCAUUAUGAAAGACAAUUCUAUUUCAUACGUGCUCCGCCCUCUAAUGGACUGCACUGUUGGUUUACUUCCCUUAUAAGGUAUUGUCUUUGCCCUUAAAUAUCUUUAAUAUACUCUUCGCCCAACUGGGGGAAGGAGUAGCAUCAUCCCCUUUUCAGUCAGGCACAAGUGCACUCCUGCAUCUCAGAUGUGUCCCCCUCGCCCACGAUGAUCUUCACUCUUCCUGCUACUUCUGUCUGGACUGGGGCGAGAUGUGUUGGUGGGGCGUGCCACUUCACUCCACGGUUGGAGGGGAAGCAUGAUCUGGUGGACCACUUCACAGUGGUGGUGUAUCUGAACAGACAGUGGGGAGUGAGGUCGCCACAGUUCCAUCAAGUCGCAGCCUGGAUUCUCCUUUGGCUGAACAGCAUGCAUGCCAUUGGUGGACCUGCAUAGAAGGAGACCGCCAAACGCCCCCUCUGGUAUUUGCUGAAGGCCUCGGACAGUCCUCUUCAUGGGGGUGGAUGCACAGGGCCAUCCUGUCUGGCCCUAGGGGCUGCUCUAUGCAUUUCCUCCUCUGAGACUGAGUCGACUUUGGUGGGUUUUGUUGGUUUUAGUUAUUUCAGGAAGUUGAUGAAGAGAUGUACGUUCAGUUAGAAAGAUCUGAGCUCCUUUAUUAGCGACACACUGCAAUGGCAUCGAUGGCAGUCUGUCAUGGUUACAUAAUGGAGGGGAAAAAAACAUCACCCUUCACACCAGGCUUGUUUAAAAUGGUUGUAUAAAUGUUAAUAACCUUUCAUCUGCUCCUAUUGUGGAAAAGGUUUUUCAGUUAACAGCAGCCUAAAGAGACACAUUAGAGUGCUGCUCCAAUUGUGGAAGAGGUUUUUCACAGAAUUGUAACUUGAAGAAGCAUAUCUUGAAAAAAACCUGUCCCUCCAUGUUUACCAAUAUAUUUAAUAUAAUUUUGUUUCCUUGGAAUACCAUUAAAAUAUACUCUAACUCUGACAAGGUUCUCUUUCCGGUUCUGGCUUUUGAUUCAUGUACAAC